UUGUGGGCACUGCUUGCCAGUCUACGCGCGAACAUGUGCGGAGGAAGUGACGGAAUCAUAUGCGGCUCGUCUGACACUUUUGUGGCUAUCUCUCUGUUUCGGGGGGGUGCCUAGAUUCGUGUGUUGUGUCAUUAGUGCAUAGAGUGACUUAUCAGUGCAGUGAAGAUACCAUUCUGAAAGAGAUGUCGAAACACGAAACAUCAACAUUACUUCCCUGUUUGCGACUUGGUGUGGCAUGAGAAUUCAUACAUCAUGUCUACAGGCUUCGUAGCCAUUUUCUUCGCCCUAGCGUUCGUGAAUGCGUAUGGUGGUCGUGUUUUUGAUGUUACAACAAUUCCGUUGCAGACCGUGCUGUCUGAAGCAGGCUCCAACGUAACUCUUGCCUGUCCAGGAGUGACAGAACACUCGUUGGUGCUUAUGUUAGAAUGGCGCUCACAUGUAAAACUCGUGGAAUACAUGGGUGAGAGUACAACUGUGUGGGAACACAGACAUCGCAUCACGCUGCUCCCGGACACAUUUUCCCUGCAUUUUCAUCCCGUCACUGCCGAGGACAGCGCGGAAUAUAGCUGUCUCGUCAACAAUCGCCCCAAACCAGAAGCUGUUGUCAGGCUCGUCGUACAAGGAGACCACAUAUGGUGUAAUGCAUAAAACGAUGCACACAGUCAUCGUCGUUAGAGAGACAUGUACGUUUAGUGCAUAAAG